AUGUUUCCUUUAUCUGAAUUGGGACCUCGUGAGAAACGAACAAUCCUAGUUACAGAACUUCCACGUUUGUAUAUCGAGAUAACUGAAGACGUAGAUGAGAAUAACACUUCUAGUCACAAUUCAAAACCAAAUGAGAAUAAGCUGAAAAACAUGAGCUCAGUAAGUUGGGAACUCAGUGACUGGAUACGAAAUAUAUUUGAAGAAUAUGGUGAAGUUUUAUAUGUCAGUUUGCCACGCUAUCAUCACUCCAAUUCAUUUCGAGGAUUUGCUUUUGUUGAAUUCAAAACAUCUAAAUCUGCUAGAAAAGCUGUUAAACACAUGUGUCUUGUUGUUGAAAAUGAACAAUGGCUUGUACAACCUACAGAGACAUCUGAAGCAUCCGAUUGUCCAGAUGCAGCAUGGAAACCACGACUUGCAGCCAAAGUUUCUUUUUCAUUGAAACAAAUGUUAGCGCGAAGGUAUAUUUGGCGUUGUUGUUCUCGAAAGAAUAAACAACUUAUCACAGCAUUCAGACAUUUACGUCAGGCCGGAUAUACUGCUAGUAAUCCAUGUGAUAGGGAAUAUUAUUCAAUUAUACUUGGAAAUAAUUCUACAGAAGCUAUACUUAAUUAUGUUAAAAAUAAUCGUAAUUAUGAACUAUGUCAAUCUAAACUACGUGUAUUUCGUUAUUCGGAUUGGUUAUUUUGGAAACAAAAAUUUUAUUUAUGGCAACAAGCAUGGAUUGUUAGAAUGCAUCGUAAAACUGAAUUAAUGCUUAAUAAUAAUAAUAAUAUUAGUAAUGAUAACAUUCAUUCUCAUGAGAUUGCCAGUAUAAUAGAAGAGAAUGAAUCUUAUUGCAUGGAUUCUGAUAUGAAUCAAAAUCUAUUGCCAAUGAAAAACUGUUCAGAUGAAUCUUCAACUAAACCAAAAACUCUUCCUAAUAAUUUUGUUCCAAAUUCCAUUGUUUCAGGAAAUUCAACAAAUACACCUUUAUCGGAUAAUCUUUGUGAUACAUUAAUCACACCAAAGAAAUUAUCAUUUGCUCGUUUGUUACGUAUUAGUCUAGAAAAGAAUCUUCUUGUUCCACAUAAUCUUCUCAACGAUAUUCUGUUAAUCAAUUUGGAUGUAGUAUCAUACCAACUUCUAAUGGGCAUGAAUUCAUCACCACCACUCUCCUCCUCCUCCUCAGUUGAUUUCAUUCCACUUUUUAUUCGAAUGAAAAAUAAUGACGCUGCUCUAAGAUUACUACACUCUAUUGAUUGUUCUACAACAAUUCAUGGUGUAACAGCACGUAUUCUUGAAGGCUCAAGUGAACAAGCAUACUGUGAUAAUAUUGUCAAGUCUCGAGUGAAUGCUAGAGAACGUCAUCGUACUUCACAAUUAAAAAAACGUCAAAAACAAAAAUCUUCCAAUCCCACUCCUACAUCAUUCAAUAAUUUUAUACCUCCUAGUAGUAGUAGGAGUAGUAAUAAGACUAACAAUUCUAAGCAUAUUAUAUUCGAUGAAUAA